AUGCCAUACAAUAAGAGGAAGAAGACGAUGAAAGAUAGUAGAGAAAAGGAGAUAGGUGAUGAAGAGAAGGAAACGAGCAAAAGACGACAGAGCUUGGAGCAAGAUCUGGAAAUUCCAUCUGAUUCUGAGGAGUCAUCUGUUUCGGCAGUGGCAGAAGCUCAUAUUAACGACUGCAUCACGAUACAAUCUCAAUACGAGGUGGACACCAUCAAAGAUGCUCCUAUCUACAAACCAACGUAUAAGGAUAUGAUCUUAAAAUUUGUCAUUAAAACACCACAGGAUCCUAAAGAUGUCAUGGAAACACCACAUGAUACUACAGAUGUCAUGGAAACACCACAGGACAUUACAUAUGUCAUGGAAACACCACAGGACAUUACAGAUGGCAUGGAAUUACCACAGGAUCCUAAAAAUGUCAUGGAAACACCACAGGACAUUACAUAUGUCAUGGAAACACCACAGGACAUAACAGAUGGCAUGGAAUUACCACAGGAUCCUAAAGAUGUCAUGGAAACACCACAGGAUCCUAACGAUGUCAUGGAAACACCACAGGAUCCUAAAUAUUUCAUGGAAACACCACAGGAUCAUACAGAUGUCAUGGACAUGCAACAAGAAGAUAAUGAUUCAGACUAUGAGCCAUCUGAUUAUGAUGAGGAUAUGAUUGAUGAGGAUGAAAAUAUUUAUUCAAGUGAUGACAGCAGCAUAAGUGAAGAUAGGAACAGAAACACAGAGGUGGUAAAUGAUGGGACAGUGAAAGAUACUGAUAAAAAAACUGACCAGAUGAUAGUACCAGGCAGUGAAGGAGAGUAA